UCCGCCUCCCCCUCUGUCCGGUGGCUGCGGCUGCGCGCAUCAUCCGACCUCGCGAACCGGAACCCCCACCAGGACGGCUGCUAGACUCGAGCCUCGCCUCCCCCUCCUCCCACCAACCGCAGCAGCGAGACAGAGAAUGGCUGCGGCGCCGUGGUCCCUCGCGUGCUCCUCCCACCUCUCCCGCCCCGCGGACCUCCGCCGCACGGCGGCGGCCCCUGCCGCCCCGCAGCGGGUCCGCCUCGGCUGCUCCCGCCGCCGCGCGCAGCGCACCGUCGCCAUGGCUGGAUCCGGCAAGUUCUUCGUGGGGGGCAACUGGAAGUGCAAUGGAACAAAGGACUCCAUUAGCAAGCUUGUCUCUGAAUUGAAUGCUGCUACACUCGAAACUGAUGUAGAUGUUGUGGUGGCACCUCCAUUCAUUUAUAUUGACCAGGUCAAGAAUUCCCUAACUGGUCGUAUUGAGGUUUCUGCUCAGAAUGUAUGGAUUGGAAAAGGAGGAGCCUACACUGGAGAGAUCAGUGCAGAACAAUUGGUGGACAUUGGCUGUCAGUGGGUUAUUCUUGGGCACUCUGAGCGUAGAAAUAUUAUUGGUGAAACUGAUGAGUUUAUUGGGAAGAAGGCUGCAUAUGCAUUGAGCCAAAAUGUUAAGGUUAUUGCCUGCAUAGGAGAGCUGUUGGAAGAGAGGGAAGCAGGGAAAACUUUUGAUGUAUGUUUUAAGCAGAUGAAGGCUUAUGCAGAUAGUAUUUCAAACUGGGCCGAUGUUGUAAUUGCAUACGAGCCUGUUUGGGCAAUUGGAACUGGAAAAGUUGCUACACCUGAACAAGCCCAGGAAGUUCAUGCUGCCAUACGCGAUUGGUUGAAGACCAAUGUAUCACCUGAUGUUGCCUCUAGCAUUCGAAUAAUUUAUGGAGGUUCUGUAAAUGCUGGCAAUUGUGCGGAGCUUGCAAAGAAAGAAGACAUUGAUGGUUUUCUUGUUGGUGGUGCCUCUUUGAAGGGCCCUGACUUCGCCACCAUUAUCAACUCAGUGACUUCCAAGAAAGUUGCAGCCUGAUGCACUCGGUUAGAAAUAAGUGAUCGCAAGAGAGGCAGCUCGGCUGCCGUACCGGCCUUAUGGGAGGUGCUCCAUGUGAUGGUGUGCAGUCACCUCCUCCGUGUGGUUUUGCUGAUUUGUAGCACGAAAACAAAAAAAUAAUAAUGCAAGAUCCCACCAUCUUUUUUGUUGUCGACUUGUCGUAGACCUUGUGUACGUGACGUGAGUUCAGUUGUACGUGAGUGGUCAGUAAAACACGUGAAAUAAUAUAUACUCACUGGAAUUGCUGGGGAUA